UUUUUUUUUUUCCUACUAUCCCAUCAUCUUUCUUAACUCAUCUUCAUAAUUUCAUAUUAAUCAUGUCAUAUAAUAACAACAGUUACGGCCCAAAUAGCAACGGAGGAGGUUAUGGCGGCAACAGCUACGGUAACAAUAAUAGCUAUGGUGGUAAUAGCAACGGCAGUCCUGGCUCUUAUGGAGGGUACGGAGCUGGGCAGAGGCCUGGCCAGUACGGUCAACAGCAACAGUAUGGUGGUGGCCAGUAUGGUGGUGGCCAGUAUGGUCAAAACCAGGGCUACGGCGGUAACCAGCCAGGCCAGUAUGGCCAACAACAACAAUAUGGCGGGCAGUAUGGCCAGAACCAUUAUGGUCAAAACCAAUACGGCCAAAAUCAAUACUAUGGUGACCAGAAUGGGCCAGCCCCUGAACAAGUAACUGCUGAGGAUGUGGACAAAGUCGCACAGCAAAUCCGUGAUGUGCGUCAAGAGUCCGUCCAAUCGACCCGAAAUGCACUGCGUGCGCUUCAAGAAGCUGACGAGAGUGCUGGACGCACUAUGAAUCAGUUGUCCGAACAGUCUGAACAGCUGGGUCGCAUCGAACGCAACCUUGAUUCUGCCCAAAUCCAUGCAGACAAUGCACAACAAAAAGCUGGUGAGCUCAAGACUGUGAACCGGUCCAUGUUCGCUAUUCAUAUCAAGAACCCAUUCAAUUCGACCAAGAAGAAGGAACGUGAGCUUGAAGAGGCUAAGCGUAAGGCUGCAGAAGAGAUGGCGCAGCGUGAAGCGAUCCGUAAAGAGGAAUAUGAAUCGAAGCAAAGAGUUAAUGCUGCACGUGGCCAGGGACCUUACGCUAGCAAUGGAUAUAACAGUAACUCGAACAGCUACAGUAAUAAUGGGCGUGGAGGUACUGGAGAGCAAUCAAUGUACUCGUUUGAGAACACUGCAGAGGAUGAUGCUGCAGAAGCCGAGAUUAACCAAAACUUGGAUAUGAUGGGUGGCUUCAUGGACCGCCUCAAGAACAGCGCCAUGGCCAUGAAUGUGGAGGUCAAUCGGCAGAAUGAGCGCAUGGUUGGCGUCUCUAGGAAGACGGAUGAUGUUCAUGGCUCUGUUCAACACAACACACAGCUGUUACAAAAGAUUGCUAAGCGUGGAUAAGAUACCGAAAAGAAAAAAGAAAAAAAUCGUUUUGCAAAGCUGUAAUUCCUAUGAUAAAAAACGACGGGUUUUGUUUUCUGAAGAUAUAACACUUACUUUUAUAUACCUGUUUUUGAAAUAAACAUUAAAAAAA